AUCAGCAGGACACCGUAGUGUGAGGUCUGCACUGUACUGCAAGAUGGGGCUGACCUGCUUAUCGGCGGAGGUCCACAGGAAGAACGAGAGGUCGAGUCGUAGUGGACUGACGGCGGACUUUGCUGAACAGCUCAAGGACAUAUUGGAGUGUCCUGUGUGUUACGAGUUGCUGAGGCCUCCCGUCCUGCAGUGCGUCAACGGACACAGCGUGUGCGUGAAGUGCAGAGCGUACCUGAAGGGCAAGCCGUGUCCCGUCUGUAAGGGUAAGAUGGAGGCCUCGCGCAACCUUGUGGCCGAGGCGCUAUGUCAGCGGAUCUGCUACCCGUGUCGCUACAAGCAUUGCCCGCAGAGCCUCCUGCUGCGGGACCUGGUCACUCACGAAGCCGGUUGCGCCUACCGCCAGUACAGUUGCCCCCUCGUCACAGCUUGGCACUCCAAUGGCUCCGUGACGCAUUGCUCGUGGCCUCUGCCUCGUUGUGAGAUACUGGGUCACGCUGAACAGCAACACCCCACGCAGGUGUGGCGCGGCUCCAAACAUCAUGUCACUGAUUACAAUUUUACCAGUCGUUUCCAAAAGUUUUAUCUCAUUUCUGCGUAUGACGAAAUUUUCCUCUGGGGUGGUCAGUAUAUGCCCAAAGAACACAAGUUCUUUGGGGCCCUGAAAUUCGAGGGGCCUGUUAACAAAGCGUCAGAGUACAUAUAUACGUUUACACUUUCGAACUCUUUGGGGAGGGCGACGUUAAAAGUGGAGCGUACUGUCCUUACUCCGCCUUUUGAAAGCAUUUUCGGAAAUGAAAGUUGUUGUGUGGUACUAGAUUUACAAACCAUCAAGAGAUUUUCACAGGGUGACAAACUGUGCUUUGUUCUUCAGGUAGACUCACUGGCUGGCAAGGACGAGUAGCAUUUGCCUGUGUAGUCUACAAGUUCCGUACAAAUUUUUCAGAAGCAUUAUGUUUUAAACCUACUGUUAUAGAACGCAUUCCAAUUUAAGAGUUCAUGCAGAAAUGAAGAAAGGAAAAUACUACAAUACUGCGAAAUUAUUUCUGUUGCGCUUACAGUUUGUAACCUCGGCCGACAUUUUCUUGCUUCCAUGGUACAGCAACACUACAACUCCGGUUGCUGCGAUACAUGUCAUAUGCAUACCCGAGAGUGGGGACGCGUAAUGCUUACAUCCCAGUCUGUCUGAACUCCCUCUGUUCAGAAUCAGAGCUGCUUUAUGAAGAGUCGUGGGUUCCUAACUAAGUAAUUACUACUAGGAAGCUGCCACCACGCAGCACAGCUUCUCCUGUCUACCCGAGGUUGCGGGUGAGAAUGCUAAGCCUUGAAGUAGCAAUGUUCCUAACAAUAUGGCUCCACUGUACAGCAACACCAAUACGAAAAUACAUACAAUAUCUGAAGUCCUGUGUC